AAACGUCCUACAAGAUGUAGUAACCUUGAUAACUGGUGGGCGGGGCUAUCAUCUGAGCUGUAUAAAAGGGCACACUGCUUCCAGCCUACCACAGUCGACACAGAUAAAGCAGAAUUAUGAAGUCUUUUGUUAUUAUUGCUGCUCUGGCUGCCUUCUAUUUGGUGGCUACAAGCGCUCUCCCUUCUCCUGAUCCUGAGCCUGGUUACCUGCUAGGAUACGGAGGCUUAGGAGGACUCGGAGGUUUGGGAGGCUUAGGGGGACUCGGAGGUUUCGGAGGUUUCGGCAGAAGAUAUGGCGGAUACGGACUGAGAGGAAAGAGGAGCGCCGAGCCAGAAGCUGAACCUGGGUAUCUGAGAGGCCUUGGUUUCGGUGGCUUAAGAUUUGGGCGAGGAUAUGGAGGCUAUGGAGGUUAUCCAGUCUACGGCUAAACACUAGAUUCUGUCAACUGACAUAACCCUUUUUUCUGUAAAUUUGUCAAAUUAGAAACGCAUCUAUUAAAAAUACAACAAUUAAAGUUUUACA